GAAGGAUCCGAAGGUGGCCAAGCUGUAACACGUGUUACCACAAGCCUAGCUGUACCGCGGCCAGAGUCAAUUUUGAAGAGUGCUUUGUGUACCUGUAACCACCUUACUUUAUCUGCUCGCUUCAGCCGAUCCCUUAUAACAUAGAGAUGCCGUUCUGUCCCUUCAGCAUCCAAAUCAAAGGCGAGCCGCACUAUCUCGUGAACAAGGCCUGCAUCUGCCAUUGGCAAGCGGCCAAGUUUUGUGAAGCAAGCAUAUACCCUCGAUGCUGGGCUGUCUAACACCUCGGCAAAUGAGCUUCCAAGGGAUCGCCCUCUCUUCCGCAGUUCUACCUCGGCGUCUCGAAACUGCUUUGUGUAUAACCUUCGAGCAGACUCUUGCCGCGACACGUCCCCAUGCCCAGGGUGAUUGGGAUCUUGAAGGAUGCCUUGGAUCUCCGCGUCGGACUCCAGCAGCGGAAAUGGCAUUGGGUAGUGAUUGACCUGCCAGAGCGCGGUUUGGGCGGACUCCCAAUCGAUAAUCGCAGCACUAUGUCAGCUUUGAUGCCUGGGGGUAAUUUGCACAGGAUCACCUUUCUCGCCAUGGUGAAGAAGAACAUGGUCCUGAUCCACUACCUCAUCGUCGUCUCUUCAACAACGCUUCGCCAUGGCUUUAAUUGCAUCGAGGCCGGCGGCGGCGGCAUCUUCAUCGGUUACAUCUACGUCGGUAUCGGCUUCAUCGGCGUCUACUAUGCCUACUUCGGUAGAAUCGAAGCCAGAUAA